AGCAAAUCCGUCUCAUGCUGCUUUCUGACUUGCCCUAAGUCGCACCAUCCUCCCAGGGAAAAAAAAAGAAGUGUGCCGAAGUGACUUCGAACUCCAUCCACCACUAACCACCAGCAGCACAUCUUCGACGUCUGGUAAGUUGACGCGCCCCUCCAAGACAAACCGACCAGCAAAAUGGGUGACGCUACCAUCGAGGGUUCUAAGUGGCGACUGGUCGAGGUCGGCCGUGUCGUCCUCAUCCAGGGCAACGGCCCCUACGCCGGCCGCCUUGCGACUAUCGUCGAGAUCAUCGACCACAAGCGCGCUCUGGUCGACGGCCCCUCCUCAGACGCUCAGCUCGCCGUCCCCCGCCAGCCCAUCUCUCUCUCCAACGCUCUCCUCUCUUCGCUCGUCGUCGAGGGCCUGCCCCGUGGCGCCCGCACCGGCACCGUCAAGAAGUUCUGGGAGAAGUCCGAGAUCGACAAGAAGUGGAAGGAGACCAACUGGUUCAAGCGCAGCACCCAGAUCGAGCGGAGAAAGAACCUCAGCGACUUCGACCGCUUCAAGGUUCUCCGCCUCAAGAAGCAGCGCCGUUUCGAAGAGCGCAAGGCUCUGGCCAAGGUCAAGGCCUCGGCGUAAUGGACUCACGAUUGGGAUGUCUAUGGGGUUGACUUUGAAGACUACGGGGCUGGUUUAGAGCGUGACAGCAUGGGAUCCGGUUUGGUCUGCAUCACCGCAGCAUUGGGUUGCUGCACAUCUCUUUUGCUCCGUAACUGGAAGGGCUGUAUGUCACAUUCAUCAUCAAUCAUA